GCCGCCCUAAACUUGGCAUCUACCGCAGCUGUCCACCCAGGAGUUGUCUGCCCCACACCAUGGAUAUCAUAAAGGCUGUCGAGACCUACAUCACCAAGAUGAUGUCCGAGCCGACCGCCAUGAAGGUACUACUGCUCGAUACGCAUACAACCCCCAUAGUCUCGCUGGCGUCUACACAAUCCACGCUGCUGUCACACCAGGUCUAUCUGACAGACCGGAUAGACAACAAGAAGCGCGAUCGCAUGGCACACAUGAAGUGUGUAUGUUUCUUGCAGCCGAGCGAGGAGAGUCUAGAGGCCUUAGAGAGCGAACUUAAGGAACCGAAAUACGGCGAAUACUACCUGUACUUCAGCAACAUCCUCAGCAAGACCGCCAUCGAGCGCCUUGCGGACGUAGACGAAUAUGAGGUUGUGAGGGAAGUGCAGGAAUAUUUUGCAGAUUACGCACCGAUACUGCCGUCGCUCUUCUCACUAAAUCACACUCCGACCUCGUCAAGGCCUUUGUAUGGGGCCUCUCCUAAUUCAUGGGACCAGAAGGCACUCGAUCGCUCGGUACAAGGGCUCCUUGCUGUUCUACUGAGUCUGAAGAAAAAGCCAGUCAUACGAUACGAGAAGUCAAGUCCAAUGGCCAAGAAGCUGGGCGUGGAGGUUCAACACCGCAUACAGGCAGAAUCGUCACUGUUUGACUUCCGUGGGACCCAAGUGCCGCCGCUCUUGCUAAUCCUCGACAGAAGGAAUGACCCCGUCACGCCUCUGCUUUCCCAGUGGACGUACCAGGCCAUGGUACAUGAACUGCUUGGUAUCCAGAACGGUCGUGUCGACCUAAGCCUCGUUCCAGACAUUCGACCCGAGCUGAAGGAAGUCACGCUGACACCAUCAACCGAUCCAUUCUUUCUCGAGAACCACCUUGCAACUUUCGGCGACCUUGGCACGACGCUCAAGCAAUACGUACAGUCCUACCAGUCGAGGUCACUUGCCCAGGGCGCGUCAUCAAUAAAUUCAAUCAACGACAUGAAGCGGUUUGUGGAGGAGUAUCCUGAGUUCCGUCGUGUUGGCGCGAACGUCAGUAAGCAUGUUGCCAUGGUCGGUGAACUUAGCCGCAUCGUCGAACGUGACCGGCUAUUGGAGAUUGGUGAGGUUGAGCAGGGGUUGGCUACUGGUUCUGGCGCAGACCUGAAGAGUGUGCAAACACUGAUUAUGAAUGCGGCAGUCCCAGCUUGGAACAAGCUGAGGCUCGUGAUGUUGUACGGCCUCCGGUACCAGAAGUCACAGGCCAGCAAUGUAGCUUCUCUCAUUAAUCUGGCACUUGAGAACGGCGUACAACGUGAAGAUGCGCGACUCGUCUACGUGCUUCUAAACAUCGCAGGCUCCGACCAACGACAAGACGAUCUUUUCUCGGCAGAGUCCCUUCUCGCCAAGGGUCGUUCUGCAUUAAAGGGGUUGAAGGGCGUUGAGAAUGUGUAUAUGCAGCACGCACCUCAUCUUGCUCAGACACUUGAAAGUCUCCUAAAGGGUCGCUUACGCGACACCAGCUUCCCGUUUCUCGAGGGUGCUGGCCCAAACGCCGGUCUACAACGACCUCAGGACGUGAUCGUGUUUAUGAUUGGUGGGACGACCUAUGAAGAAGCUCGGACCGUCGGACUCCUUAAUCAAGAGUCUGCCUCGAGUGGGUCAUAUGCAGCCGGCACGCGAUUGUUACUCGGCGGAACGGCAGUGCAUAAUUCAUCAAGUUUCGUGGAAAUGAUGCGUUCUGCUGCUGUGAACUGGCCUUCGACUGUCUUUGACCCGCCACCAGAGUCCCCAUCAAAUAUGCCUUUGCUUAAUCUGAAUCUCGGGGGCGUCAAUGUCAGCCUCGGGGGUCGAACGGGCACAGGUGUAUAUCGCACGUCAGGCGAGGGCGUCAGUGUGCAGACGGACGGCAUCCGAGACGGUGUGAAGAACUUGAUUGGCAAGGUGAAGCAGGGCGUGGAUCGCAUAGCUGCCCAAUGAGCGUUUGGAUUGAGCUUGGGACUGACUCGGCGUUGGUUUGUAUUCGUGUAUGGCCUGCUGGGGCUUCUAUUGUAUACAUCCUCGAGCUGCGCCCACCACAGCUCUGGCAAACACAUAC